AUGGAUCUUGUGCCAUGGCAGCUCUUUCUUCUCCUUGCCUUGGUCGCCUAUCCUUCUUCUGCGAGUCGUUACAUAAUUCAACUGGAGGAGCCGAUUGAGCCGUUGACGGAAUCAAACUUGAAGAGCUGGCAUGAGUCUUUCCUGCCGCCGGCCGUCGAGGAGUCUGGCGCCGAUCGGCGGUUGCUGCACUCCUACAGCGACGUCUUCAGCGGGUUUGCCGCCGUGCUGACGGAGGAGGAGCUGCAGGCGGUGGGGAAGAAGAAGGGCUUCGUCCGCGCGUUCCCCGACCGCGUGCUACGUGUGAUGACGACCCACACGCCGGAUUUCCUCGGACUCAAGGUCGGGAGGGGGCUGUGGGACGACUCAAAGUUGGGGAGCGGAGUCAUCAUCGGAGUCAUCGACUCUGGAGUGACUCCCGGACACCCUUCCUACGACGACGAGGGAGUCCCGCCUCCGCCCUCGAAUUGGAAGGGCUCGUGCGAGCUCGAGACCGGUUGCAACAACAAGCUCAUCGGCGCCAGGUCGAUGCUCGCAGGCGGGGGUGGGAGUCCUCCCGUCGACGAGGGCGGCCAUGGGACCCACACAUCCGCCACCGCCGCAGGUAACUUCGUCCGCAACGUGAGUUACUUUGGUUUGGCCAAUGGCACCGCCGCCGGGAUAGCCCCUCGGGCUCACCUCGCCAUCUACCAGGUCUGCCGCGGCGACGACAACUGCACUUCCUCCGACAUCCUUGCCGGGUUGGAUGCGGCGGUCAAGGACGGCGUCGACAUCCUCUCUAUCUCGCUCGGCGCCCCUUCCAUCCCUCUCGAACAAGAUGUCAUCGCCAUCGGUUCGUUUGCGGCGGUCAGGAAGGGCAUUUUCGUCAGUUGCGCCGGCGGCAACGAUGGACCUGCCUACUUCUCCCUCUCCAAUGAGGCGCCGUGGAUCCUCACUGUGGCGGCCAGCAGUGUCGACCGAAGCUUCAGGGCCUCUGUGAAGCUUCCCAAUGGGAAGGUCAUCGCCGGAGAGUCUCUUGAUCAGCCGCGCAACUUCACUAAAAGGUCUCUUCCCCUAUACUACUCCAUCGACACGCCGACAUGUCUGGAUCCUCCCGUUGAUAGCCACAGGGGCAGCGUCUGGGUCUGCGAGACUGGCGGCAUCAGUCCCUCAGAUGUUGCGGCGUACGUCAAGUCCCUCGGCGCGAGAGCGUUGAUCUUCAUUUCCUCUAAGGACGACGGCGCCACCAUCAUGGUCAGCAAGCUGGACUUCCCUGUAGUAGUGCUCACCGCCCGAGACGGCUCUGACCUCGUAUCGUAUUUGAACUCCUCCUCCGACCCCUCCGCGUCGAUCAUCUUCGACGGGACGGUUCUCGGCGUAUCCCCCGCCCCCAUCGUGGCUUUCUUCUCCUCCCGUGGGCCAUCGCAGACGACGUCUGGCAUCCUCAAGCCCGACAUCUCUGGCCCAGGCCUUAACAUCUUAUCGGCCUGGAUUCCUUCCCAAGACGGCAGCAGUGACAGCCCGCAUUACUCUAUCAUCUCCGGCACGUCCAUGGCCACGCCUCACCUCAGUGGCAUCGCAGCGAUUUUAAAGGCCGCACACCCUACUUGGUCACCGGCAGCUAUCAAGUCGGCGAUCGUCACCACGGCAGACUCCGACGUCUUCGACGAGUUACUCUAUCCAGCUUUCUAUUUCGCCAAGGGCGCAGGAAACGUCAACCCUAACAAAGCUGCUGAUCCCGGCCUUAUUUAUGACAUCACCGGUGAGGACUACAUCUCCUAUAUCUGCGGCAAAUUCGGAGAAGGUGCUAGAAAUAUAGCGCGCGAAAGUGUCAACUGCUCGAAGAGUGUGACGGAAGCGGAGCUCAAUUACCCGUCGAUUCUGCUAGCCCCCAAAGGCCAGGUGGCAGACAAGGUGACCCGAACGGUCACGAACGUCGGACCGGCGGGAUCGAGGUACAAGGUGUCGCUGACAAUAUCGAAGUCUGCCGUGUCGGCUACUGUCACUCCCAAGACGCUGACGUUCACCGAGCUGAACGAGAAGAAGUCAUUCAUCGUGAGCGCAAAAUGGGCCGCCAGUGGACCUCCCAAUCCCGCCAAUCCAUUCGUGGAGGGGAAGUUGACUUGGACAUCUGUUGAUGGAAAGCAUGUGGUGACGAGCCCAUUGGUCGUCUCCGCCAUAGAGUGA